CGGAAGUGAGGUUUUUUUUGUCGGUUGGUAUUUACACUGUGGAAACCGGAUUAACGUUUAUCGCAGUGACAGAUGGCGUCUUCUUGAGGGCUGACAUUUACGCUGUUUUUGUUGUUUUGUUACUGAAGGUCGACAUAGAAAUAACUAUACUUAAUAAACUUGACUGUCUGGAUGGAAAAAGGCGAGCAAAGGAACCAUGUCGACAGAGACGAAUGUGGGCCAGAUCGAAAAAAGAAAUCCAGUUGCUGUCAAACUGAUUGCAGAAUACAAGGUCAUGCCCCCAGAUUGUCACAGGUUAAUCUAUUCACUUUGCUGAGUUUGUGGAUGGAAGUGUUUCCUCAGGAGCAACAUGAAGACAACAACAACAGCCAGAUCCAGGGGGUGGGUCUGGUGGUAGUGCGGGACAAUAAGGUGGUUGGACUCCACUGCUCCGAGGCUGAGCUCCAUGCAGGACAGGCAGCCAUUAUUCAACAUGGUAACCACUUGGAGAACUGUCAGCUGUACUUUUCGAGGAGACCCUGUGCCACCUGCCUCAAGAUGAUAAUAAAUGCUGGAGUCAGUCGGAUCUUCUUUUGGCCUGGAGACCCCGAGAUCAGCAUGCUCAAGUCCAAUUCCUCAAAACGAUCACAAUUUCACUCCCAACCUGUCGUCAUCACAGAGGAGGCUGCCCUGGAUGCAGUGGCAACAGAGAUGCUAAAGUCCAACAGCUGCUCUCACAUCUGUGUGUUGCUUCAGCCACUGACACCCGGCCUGGCACAGUUCGUACAGGAGACGUCCAGAGAGUGUGACUUCAUGGAGAGAGUGUCUGAAGAUCAGCCGUGCCUCGAUACAGUGGAACUCUUCAACAAAGAACGAAGGAGACACUUAGGGGAUUUCUGUGAAAAGUUCCUGGUUGGUUCAGCACAGCAGCACAGGGAGAUUUUGACACACAUGGGUCUGAAAAACUUUUGUCUUGAGCCAUACUUUUAUAACCUAAGACACAACAUGAGGGAGCUUGUAGAGCUUCUGGCGUCUGUGGCUGCAGGGGUUCCACAGCAUCAUCAUGGAUUCUAUAGGGGUCAGUGUUUAGCAAAGGAGCCAUCACUGGCCAAUGCCUUGCUGCUUCCUCCCUGCGAUGGAGUAUCACAAAAAGUGGCUCACCACUGCAUUGUUCAAGCCCGACUUCUUUCCUAUAGAACAGAGGAUCCCAAAGUGGGUGUGGGUGCUGUGAUCUGGACGAGAGGACGAACGGCUGGCAGUGAUGGAGUGGGAGGUCUUUGCCUCAUAGGUUGUGGGUACAAUGCUUACCCAGCAGGAUCACAGUAUGCUGAGUACCCACAGAUGGAUGACAAGCAGGAAGACCGACAGAAACGCAAAUAUAGAUACAUAAUCCACGCAGAACAAAACGCCCUGACCUUCAGGGCCCGAGAUAUUAGAGUUGGGGAGCCCACACUGUUGUUUGUUACCAAGUGUCCAUGUGACGAGUGUAUUCCCCUGAUCAGAGGAGCGGGCAUCACACACAUUUACACCACUGACCAGGACAAGGACAAAGACAAGGGAGACAUUUCCUACCUGAGGUUCAGUAGUCUGAAGGGAAUCAAGAACUUCACUUGGCAGAGGAGCCCUUCACUCUGCUCAGCGUCUUCUCCUCAUGCUACCAAUGGUUGUGUUGGGAAGCACAGCCUGGAGACUGAGACUGAGAACCACAGCAGUAAGAAGCAGUGCAAUGGUAGAUCCCACACCUUUCCCUCUGUCAACUGAAGAUCUGCCCUACACCAGUCAGUGUCAACAGAUGUCCAGUCCUACAGGAUCAUCCUAGCUAAUGGACCAGAGAGUUUCCAUUUUUGUGCGGCACUUUAUUGCUAAAAUAUAUGAAACUAGUGUACGAGGGGGACACGACGAGGGACUGCUGGGAUUGUAAAUGAGAUGAGAGAGAUUUUUAUUUAUGGAGAAGAUGUUUGACAGUGGAUGACAGGUAUGUAGAGGUGGGUAUUUAUAUGUUUUAGUGUUGUUAUUAUUGUGUCAUUAUAUGAAGGCUAGUGGUGCUUUGGCCCAGAGCCAGUGUCUCUGUCAUUGGUGUGGAACCCCAGGGUUCACCUCCUGGGUUAGAGUGAAUCCAGGUUAGGGCAGUUGGUACCUUCCAGUGGACUCACCACCCACAGGAUACUGCUGCCCCCGUGACCCGGUAACGGAUAAGCAGAUGAAAAUGGAUGGUUGGAUGGAUAUUGAAUGCUUCCUGAUAAUCUAGGAUUUCUCACAAAACCGUCUGAUAUAUUUUCCAAAAAAAAAUAAAAAAAAUUCCAGUGACAGGUUCGAGUUCCCAGCAAAGGUAAACACCUGUUUCAAGUAAAAACAUGGGAUUAGGUUCACAAUCACAUGUGCAAAGCAGUUCUUCUAAUGGUGAUGGAACUUGGCCUGAUUUAGAGAACUUUGAGUUCUGUUGGUCUGUUAAAGUGGAAAAAUUACGUUAUCAAAGAAGUUUAAAAGAGGCAACUGGACUUGGUUUCUAGAAGACGUUUCAGACCAUGUCAGUCCAGUCGCCUCUUCUGUACUCUGAGAACAGUGUGGACGGAGUGAUCGCCCUGAAGCAUGAACGUCUCUGUGCCUCUGUGAUUCAAUGAAGUUCAAUUUAAUAAGGAUUCUAAUAUCAAUUCUAAUAUACUUUCACUUUAAAACUAUUUAUAUUCACAUCAUCUGGGCCAAACCAAGGCAUCGUGUUAUCAGGUUUUAAUUAUGAAUCGGCUAAUAAUAUCAGUUAGCCAAUAUUGUCGAACAUCCCUAGUUUAAAGGAAGCACACUAAUACAUUUUUAAAUGGAAAAAUGGAAAAACUAAAAGCAAAAGAAUGCAAAUCUUUAGUUGGUUGAACUUGAUCUCUUGAGAAAAUGUUACUGUGAACCAUCACUUCAUGAGAUUUUUUUAAAGGAUGUUUUGCUGUUUUAUUUGUAUGUGGAAUAUGUUGAUGUUUGAUUGAUUGAUGACCUCUGUGUGUACAUGAAUUAAUGGUGUUUUCUUAGGACAAAUCUAAUCCAGUCAAGAAAUUAUGUCCAGGUUCAAAAAUUUAGAUUUUCAUCAAAUCUUGAAUUCAUGGAUUUAGGGAACCAAAAAAAUCUCAGAUUACAGUCAUUUGUUCUUUGUUUUCUUUUUUUAAGGAUCUUGUUUUCUGUGUUGGGCUUUUGUUAGUCAGAAUAACAACAUUGUACUCACAUGGUUUGGAUUAUAAUCCAACAGGGGUUUCUGAUUAAAGUCAAAGUAGCAAUUUC